UCGAAUCUAUACCGCCAUCUCAUAUUCUCCCAUUCUCACCUUUCUACAAUCGCCAUUCUAUUCUUUUCCACUUUCUGACCCCGUCUUCCUCUUCAUCCAUCCAUGUCUCUUGCAGAUUUCUCGGCAAAAUGGCUUACCAAACCUGCUGAAAAGCUAGUCUCUGUCAUCACUUCCAUCGUUUUCCUUUUUCUUGAUUUCCUGGACACCCUUUUUUGCCUAAUAUAUAAAUACCUUGAUGAAUAUAUUGAAGGGGAGGCCUUCACGUCUUGUUGUGGAAACAGGGGUCGGCGCGAGGAGAACACGAAAGAUGAUCAGGACGGCGAGCUAUCAGAUACAUUGUACAGGAGGCAAAACUUGUUCAGGGAAAUGGGUUUCCUUCGAAUUGAAAGGAAAUUAAAAGAUUCCGAGACAAAAUGUAGCGAAGGUAGGUGGUCGAUGAACCGUUGGUCCGAUUGUGGGUGCGAGUCGUGCCUUUCGUGGGUGAGUGAUGGUGAUCACAAGCUUCAUUUUGUGGUGAACGAGUCCUCCGUUGCCACUGAUGAGAACUGCAAGGGAAUGCCUUCUGAGAACGUGGUUUUUUUGCAUGGGUUUCUCUCUUCUUCUUCAUUCUGGACACAGACAGUUGUCCCAUAUUUUUCUGAACAAGUAAAGCAGAAUUACCGUUUGGUUGCGGUGGAUUUGCUGGGAUUUGGUAGGAGCCCAAAGCCAAGGAAUUGUUCCUAUACUCUGAAAGAUCAUGUGGGAAUGAUAGAGAAAUCCGUGGUUCAACCACUGAAUUUAAGCUCUUUUCAUCUGGUUGCACACUCUAUGGGUUGCUUGAUUGCGCUGGCUUUGGCUGCAAAGUACUCCAAGUGUGUCAAGUCCAUCACCCUUGUUGCCCCUCCGUACUUCCCUUCUGGUGGAAAUGAUGCUAGUUUAAAGGCACUCACAAAACUUGCUGGCAAGAAACUGUGGCCGCCAUUGGCAUUCGGUUCUGCCUUCAUGUCGUGGUAUGAGCACUUAGGUCGAUUUGUUUGCCUCAUGUUUUGCAGAAAUCACAGGAUAUGGGAGAAAAUUAUAAAGUUCUUUACUUUCCAAAGGGAUCUUCAUUUCUUGGCCAUAGACCUGACCAGGCACACCCAUCAUUCAGCUUGGAGUUCCAUGCACAAUGUGAUUUGUGGGGGCGCGAAAUUUAUGGAUAGGUAUCUGGAGGACUUGAGUAAAGCUGGAGUCAGAAUAAAUGUGAUUCAAGGCGAUAAAGAUGCGGUCGUCCCGUUGGAGUGCUGCUAUAACUUGAAGCUGAAAGCUCCAAAAGCUGAGGUUAGCAUCAUAAGAAAUGCGGACCAUGGCAAUGUAAUUUUGGGCAGAGAGAAGGAAUGUGCUCACUACCUAGAGGAUGUAUGGGCCGCUUGCAAAUGGAGUAAUGUGCAAGAAAAGGAUGCAGCCAAAAUAUAGGGUUCGUGGAGGAUCUGUUUAGAUAGAAGGUUGAGGGAGAUCGUAGGUUCAUGGAAAUUUGGAAGUUGACACACUGUAAUCUUUUCAAAUCUAAAUCUUUUGUUGUUAAAUAAACAAGAAUAAAUCCCGUGAAGCAGAAGAUAUUGGGCUUCAAAAA